CUAUUGGAACUUCACACAACAUACGUCACGCACUUCUCAAUAUGUUCCACAUCUGCCCGUUUCUUCCCGCCAUAAUCUUCGCUCUUCAUCCUCCUUUUCUUAAUUUCGGAGACAAUAGUUCACCCUUUAUUUUUUUUUUUCCCUAAAAAAACAGAAUAAUCAGAUUAUCAGAGGCAAAAAAAGAAAGAGAAAAAUGGGCAUCAAAGAUUUAUUGAGGUUUAUGAAACCUUAUACUGAACCCAUUCACAUUCAAAAAUACGCUGGCAAACGAGUUGGAAUCGAUGCUUAUUCUUGGCUUCACAAAGGAGCAUACUCAUGUAGCAUGGAGCUGAGUUUGAAUUCAGAGGGUGAGAAGAAAUUGCAGUACAUAAAAUAUUUUAUGCACAGAAUUAAUUUACUAAGGUACCACAAGAUAACCCCAGUUGUGGUAUUUGAUGGUGGAAACAUCCCUUGCAAGGCCGGGACCGAGAAUGAACGACACAGGAGGAGAAAAGCUAACAAGGAAAUGGCAAUGGAGAAACUUAGAGAAGGCAAUGUUAAUGCUGCUACUGAGCUGUUUCAGAGAGCAAUCAGCAUCACUCCAUCUAUGGCACACGUACUGAUACAGACUUUAAAAUCAGAAAAUGUUGAGUUUGUGGUUGCCCCAUAUGAAGCUGAUGCGCAAUUGGCAUACUUAAGUAGCCUUGGAGAAGAACAUAAUGGUAUUGUGGCUGUGAUCAGUGAAGACAGUGACCUCCUGGCAUAUGGUUGCCCAUCCAUAAUCUUUAAGAUGGAUCGAUUUGGCAAUGGCGAAGAGAUCGUUCUAGAUAAGGUUUUCAACUCGACAGAGUCUAAGCCAUCAUUUCGUAACUUCACCACCAAUUUAUUCAUAGAUAUGUGUGUCUUGGCAGGCUGUGAUUUUCUUCCAUCUAUUCCUGGUAUUGGAAUUAGUAAAGCUCAUGCAUUGAUUUCAAAGUACCGAAAUUCAGAUCGUGUGCUAUCAGUUUUAAAGAAUGACAAGGGCAAGCAAGUGCCUGAUUAUUAUGCAAGAUCUUUCAGGGAAGCAGUUGCUGUGUUCCAGCAUGCCACAAUAUAUAAUAGAAAAAAGAAGAAGCUUGAGCAUAUGAAAGAACUCUCAGGAGAGCUUCUGGAGUCACUCGGUGGAGAACUUGAUUUCUUGGGACCAGACAUCCCCGCAACAAUAGCAACUGCUAUCGCUGAAGGUAAUUUAGAUCCUUCUACAAUGGAAGCGUAUGAGCUUUCAGUGGGCCAGCAGAUUUCGGGUACUGCUCAAAGUUUCGAAGAGACCAAAACAGAAAGAGCAGCAGAAGAUAUGAUCAAGAAUUUUAAGCAAAAGAGUUGCCAAAUGUCAGAGCUACCAAAACUGGUUCCAACUCAGAGCUGCUUUACUGUAUAUUCAUCUUCAAGUAUAAUAUCUUCAAGAAAGAAAGUGAGAAAGAUGUCAGACACAAGUACAGUGAUGGUAGAGAGGCAAGUUUUGAAGGAAAAGAACUUCUCAGAUGAAGCUGCAACUCUUUCAAGAUUGGUCACUACUGCAGAGAUUCGCCACAAUGAAGAAAAUUCUACUGUCUCUGAGGUGUUUCCAGUAACAACACCAGAUAACAAUCCAUUUCGUAAACGCAAACUUCAUUCAGAGAACACAGAAACUACCCCUACAAUGAAGUCAUCUCUAACCGAGGAUGAUCAUUCCGAGUUGAAGAGUAACAAUCUUAAUUCUCAGGAAAGUGUAAAUUCUAAGAAUCAGAAGUUGGAUGACAUUAAAGAUCAGGGUAAAGCUAUGAGUAACGGGAAAACAAGAAACUGCAAAAGCUCAGGAAAUAGGAAUAGUAUACUGAAUUUCUUUGCUCGCAUUUAGCGUCCAACUUUUUAUCUCAUGUGAUGUGUAAAAUAUAUUUUUUAACAUGCUCAAUCAGAAGUUCUCAUUCUUUUAUAAAUCAA